UUUAGAAAAAUCUCAAUAAUAAAUGAUUUGUUCAUUUUCACCUUGGGGAAGCAGUCUGUAUGCCAGUGGUGACCAUUCUCUAUCAGUGGUGCUAAUUGUAUUCAUUGAGUAGUACAAUUCCUUAUAUAAAGUGUUGGAACGUUAAUCAAGACACUUGUGUUGUGUAUACACCUCUCACGAUGCACUUUGUGUGGUCACACUAAUUAAAAAGUGUGUGCGUGUUCUGAUAAAGUCAUAAGAGUCAAGAAAGGGGCUAAGAUAAUGCUGCAGGAGGAGCAGCAGCACUAACAGGACAAUAGGCCUUUCUGCAGUGCUCUUACAGACCCUAGAUCUAGCUGCUGUUAACUUAUAUAAUACAAUUUCUCAGCAGUGAUGGCUUAUGUGGGCCUCCUCUCUAAAACACCAUCUGAUCAAAGACACUUGAGGCCAUCAUCCUAUGGCUAUAAUUCUUCCUUGCCUCCCCAUCCUCCUCCUCCUCCCUCUCUCUGCCCUCUUUGCUUUCUUCCUUUCAACCAAGCCAUCACUGCAGCCUGUCCUAACUGCUUCUAUCGUCCACCCUCCCUCCUCUCUCCUCCCUCUCACCAACAUCAUCUCCAAAGCAGCAAGAGGAGCAACUCCUCUCUUUCAUCCUCUGGCUCUUCCUCCUCCUCUAUCACGUCCCCCUCUGAGCUGCCGAGUGAUAGUUUCAUGAUGAGUAGUAUGAUGGGUGUUGUUGACGAUAUCCUCAGAGAGGAGACUUCACCAAUCUGCCGUCAUUGCAGUCAAGCGGAGCCACCACUUUUAUUCUGUCUCGACUGCAAGGAGCACUUAUGCCUUUAUUGUACCCCUCACCAUCAAAAAGACCACCAUAUCGUGAAAACGCAUCCUUCUUUUCCCUACAAGGAAAUGUCUCCCAUCUCUCCUCCUCCAUCUAAAUCCCUUACUCCUUCUGAUACUUGUCUUCAGCACUUGGGUGAGCCACUCCUUUAUUUCUGUAGGCCCUGUCUCGCUACCAUUUGCUACAAGUGCAUUGAUGAAGAUCACAAGAGUCACCAAUAUGCUCCCAUUGCUCAGUCUUUUCAAAAGAUGCAGCCAUCAAUGGAUGAGCUUGCCUUGGCGGUUCCACAGCAGUUAUCAGCACUCAAGCAAUCCUCUCAAAACUUUGAAAGAGCUCGUGCUGACAUCUUGAGAAAGAAAAACGAGAUGAGCUCAAGCAUCCAUCAGAUCUUUCAUCAGUUGCACGAAGCAAUAAGAAAGAGAGAGCUUGAGAUUUUAGCUCGCAUUGAGACAAUAACAACUACAAGGCUGGGCUCUCUAGACAAAGAAAAGGAUAAGAUAAGUCUGGAUAUCAGGAGUUUAUCUGAGCUAAGCAGUCAGAUGAAGGAAGCUAAAGAGAAAGAGCAGCUUGCAGCCUUGGUAAUGACUCAUUGUAAAUUAGGGAAGGAGCUGGAGAGGAUUGCUAGCAAUCCAAAGCAGCACACGAUUGAAGAUGAAAGCUUGUUAGCAAUGCAGAACCAGUCAAGCAUUCAAACAGCCAUCAAUGAUUUUUGUAAGCUCACGACUGCCCCUUAUCCUCCACUCUGCAGUGCAUCUGGUGAAGGAUUGCUGCACCCACGAGUCAAUAAGCCAGUGACUGUCACUGUGUUUACAAAGGACAGACUGGGAGAGCCUUGCACUGAAGGAGGAGAAACACUGGUUGCUAGUCUAAGUCAAAAAACCGGAGGAGGAGUGACGGUGAGAGAUAACAAAGAUGGGACUUACUUGCUUAGCUUUAAGCCCCAGUCCUGCGGCGAUCAGUACCUAUCAAUCACCAUUCGUGGUCACCACAUUCAAGGCAGCCCAUUCCAGCUCUUAGUCGAUGGUAGAAGAGAGUAUAAUCAUUUUGUAGUGAGUGUAGUAUUUGGUAGUGAAGGCUCUAAGCCAGGUGAACUCUGUCGACCGUGGGGUAUCUGUGCAGACCAUAAAGGUAAUAUUAUCAUUGGUGACAGGAGUAAUCAUAGAAUACAGGUCUUUGACUCAAAAGGUGCAUUUAGUCAUGCCUUUGGAUCAGAGGGGUCUCAUCCGGGGCAGUUUAACCGUCCAGCAGGAGUUGCUGUAACAAAAGAGGGUGACAUUGUUGUAGCUGAUAAGGACAACCAUCGUAUACAAAAGUUCCAGCUCAAUGGGAAAUUGAUGCACCACUUUGGAUCAAGAGGAAGCAAUGAUGGUCAAAUGAUAUAUCCGUACGACGUAGCUGUUCAUCAGACAGAUGGGCGUAUAGUUGUCACUGAUACUGGAAACCAUAGGAUUCUUAUGUUCACUUCUGAUGGCUCACUCUUGGGAAAGUUUGGCUACAAGGGUUACCUCUGUGGCCACUUUGACUCUCCUCGCGGGAUUGUCAUGACCAACGAGGGACACAUAGCUGUGUCUGAUUUUAAUGUGCAUCAUUUGCUAGUCAUUGAGCCUAACGGUACCCAAGCUCGUAUCCUUGGGAGUCAUGGUAGUGGUAAUGCCCAGUUCACACGCCCCCAAGGGAUUGCUAUCGAUCAUAGGGACAACUUUGUUGUAGUAGACACCAAAAACAACAGGAUCGUUAUCAUGAGCCCGUGUGGACAAUAUCUCACAAAAUUUGGCUCUGGAGGAAGAGCCCGUGGACAAUUCGAUCGUCCAACUAGUGUCACUGUCCUGCCAGAUGGACGCAUUGCUGUGUUGGAUUUUGGAAAUUCUCGUGUGCAGAUAUUUCAAGAAGUGUCGCCAUAAGAAAUUAGCAUACUAACCAACUAUAAACUGCUAUAGCUGUAUUGUGUUAUUUCUCUUAACUCUAAAAGUGUUUUGUUCUUGCCCUUAGAAACAAAUCCCACCUUAUUUUAGAUGCAAUUGCACGAAAAUUGUCAUUUAUUAUUAUUUUAUAUAUAGUAUUUAUUUAUUAUUAUGCUUUUUGCUAUUAGUAUAAUUUUAACAUUA